GCCACAGGAGGGUAUCUGCGAAGAUAGCGUUGUAUGUACGGAUCCGUACGGAUUACAUACGUGCUUGCCCAGUCCACCCACAGACCACCCAGAGACGUAGCUGACCUCGAUACAGCGUUUCAAAAUGGCUGCUCCCGUCGUCACUGUCUCGGAGAGCAAAGAUCUCCGAGGGCUCAACCUCAUCGCAGCACACUCUCACAUUCGGGGACUGGGCGUCGAUGCUGACACGCUAGAGCCCAGAGCUUCGUCGCAAGGGUUGGUCGGGCAGGAGAAGGCACGAAAGGCAGCUGCGGUGGUGCUGGAAAUGAUAAAGCAAGGCAAGAUUGCUGGCCGCGCCGUGCUGAUUGCAGGGCCACCCAGUACCGGCAAGACAGCAAUCGCCAUGGGUAUGGCCCAGUCACUGGGUCCCGAUGUACCCUUCACUACCCUUGCGGCUUCGGAAAUCUUCUCCCUCGAGAUGUCCAAGACCGAAGCGCUGACACAAGCCUUUCGGAAAUCGAUCGGCGUGAGGAUCAAGGAAGAGAGUGAAGUAAUGGAAGGCGAGGUUGUGGAGAUCCAGAUCGACCGGAGCGUGACGGGCGGCGCCAAGCAGGGGAAGCUCACCAUCAAGACCACCGACAUGGAAGCCAUCUACGAUAUGGGAAGUAAGAUGAUCGAUGCGAUGACGAAGGAGCGUGUGAUGGCGGGCGACAUCAUCUCGAUUGACAAGUCAUCGGGGAAGAUCACCAAGCUGGGCAGGUCGUACGCUCGGUCGCGCGAUUACGACGCCAUGGGCGUUGACACCAAGUUCCUGCAGUGCCCCGACGGCGAGCUGCAAAAGCGGAAGGAGGUCGUCCAUACGGUGUCCCUGCACGAGAUCGACGUCAUUAACUCGCGGACCCAGGGCUUCCUCGCCCUGUUCUCGGGCGACACGGGCGAGAUCAGAAGCGAGAUCCGGGACCAGAUCAACACCAAGGUCGGAGAGUGGAAGGAGGAAGGCAAGGCAGAGAUCGUUCCCGGAGUUCUGUUCAUCGACGAGGUUCAUAUGCUCGACAUUGAAUGCUUCUCAUACAUCAACCGCGCGCUGGAGUCCGACUUGGCUCCCAUCGUCAUCAUGGCAAGCAACCGAGGCGUCUCCCGUAUCCGGGGCACAGAUUACAAGAGCCCGCACGGCUUGCCACUCGAUUUCCUCGACCGCAUCUGCAUCAUUAACACCCACGCCUACACCGCAGAGGAGCUCCAACAGAUCUUGUCGAUUCGGGCUCAGGAAGAGGAAGUGGACCUCACCCCGGACGCUCUCGCGCUGCUCACAAAGAUCGGCCACGAAGCCGGGCUCCGCUACGCGAGCAACCUCAUCACAACAUCGCAGUUGAUCUGCGCCAAGCGGCGGGCCAAACAGGUCAGCGUGGAGGAUGUCCAGCGGAGUUUCAAGCUUUUCUACGACCCUGCGAGGAGUGUCAAGUUUGUUGGCGAGUCGGAGAAGCGGCUGAUUGGCAAUGAUGGCUCCGUUGAUUUUGCGGUCAACGGCACCGCCAACGCUCCUGGGGAGACGAUGGACACGAGUUGAACAAAGGGCAGGGUGACGAUAUUCGGUUGCAGGCGUUCGGGGCUGGUAAAACUGUUCGGCUGACUGAACCAGUGGGAUUUGACGAUUGAUAUCAUGUACAGCUCUUGGU